GCUUGGGGCAUGGGGUUCCUCGGGCGUGUUGCGUUGCGUUGAUUAAUGCCGUUGGUGAGAUCGUGUUUCAACAAACACACCGGAAGGAUGGAGCAGCAAGAGAUGGAAGGGGGCUUGGAGGUGAUGGAAGCUGACCUUGCUGAGACCGAGAAUUCCAUUUAUCACCUCGUGCGCUCCAACGUUGAACUGGCCCAGUUCUUGAACGGAGCGCCGGGAGACGAAGACCUCGAGCAAGCCAUCGAGGAGAACAAGGCAGUGCUGGUAAGAAGACGACAUCGCGUGAAGACCCUCCGACUCGCCAUCUCUGACUUGAAGACUCAACGCCCGCACAUGGCCACAGCAGCGGCGCCCUCCUCAUCAGCACGGAUCGCUGUCAGUGCCUCCGGACCUCUGGUUGCCCAAUCGAUGGGUAGACACAAUGGUACCUCUAGUGAAAUUACUGGUCGUACGGUGAGCCCAACGGAAGUUAGUACUGGAGGCGGGUCCGGUGACGUCAUCAGCACCAUGACCGCUUCAAUGAGUCUCGACGCAGCACCACCAAUCCCUCCCGCCGGGAGCAGCAUCGUGGCGGGCAAUAGCCAGGCAUCGGACAAGACCCCUGAAACUGGCGGUUCAGAUCAAGUUUCUGCGGCAGCUCCAGAGACAGGCGGCGGAGAUCGUGACGAAGGGGGGGUGUUGCUUUGAGUCAUCAGUCAUCUGCACAGGCCAGCGUUGCUACUGCUGUACUUCGAAGUAGAUGUCUUUGUCUUUUGGUCGUCGUAUCGGAUGUGCCGCCGGUUGUAGCCAAGACCGGUGCACACAACGUGCCUCGUUCCUCCUUGUGAAAUGCAUGCCUGGAUAGUACGCACUGGCUCUGUCUCUUUCGGAACACAGUUAUUUAAUAGUUGCUCGUUCUCGAUGCUUCCAGAAGUCGACUUUCAGCGUGGAAAGGUUUCCUGUUUCCUCUGUAACGGCGACCAUACGGAAAAGCGAUGAACGAACAAACCAGGCUCGAGAUGGUAGACUUUUCUAGCCAACAUGACAGUGCAGCCCUCGCCGUUGUUUUCGCAUGUUGGUGUUCCACAAGCUGAGGAAUACGUUGAUGUGCUUCUUGUUUCCGUUCGCAACAACGAGGAUGAGGACAGGCACCGAGUGAUCAGUACCGAAGCGCAUAGAACAAUCGCUUGCAAGAUGCCCCCCGCUUGGGACUCUCAAGACAAGAGUUUGAGGCAUCGAUCGUCUUCGUGGUUUUGACGUGCCUCCUAGACAAAGCUACGGGGAGUGUAUCUGGCAGAUUAAAGCCGCAGCUACGAUUAUUUUGGUGUCUUCUUCAGAUACGCAAGUCCAAGUUGUAGCUGUUCGGGAUUGCGUGAUGGAACACUAUUGGUUUGGUCUGGGCUUCUUGAAAAAUGACGAGGAAACCAGCAUGGGGGCUCCGUUUGGUAGACAGGAUGCCGGUUUGGAGGAUACAUGGGAAGUGUCGAUGGACUACCAAGCGGCGGCACAUCGCCUUGUGGUGUGAAGGGUCGUGCGUUAUUGUCGAUGUCCAUCUGUGAAACUGGGCGUUGUUGGGCCAUUUCCGUGCCGUUUGCUCUCUGGGUUGUGCCACCGUCUGCUGCCCC